AUCUUCGUCCGUUCUACAACUUCAAGCCCGGAAACCCUCCUGGCCCCCCGUCUUUGCAACAAGAAGUGAUAGUCCUGUAUGGGAUUAUGUAGAACAGCCGGUCAGAUCCUUCGUCCGUAUGAGGAAGGUACACUCUCGCGCACUGAUCGCUACAAUCAGGGAUGCUUCCAUCAUCCAUCGCCGACUCCGCACCGGCAAACUGCUCCGAUGCGCUUAUCGGCCACGGCAACGUCGUCCGACUCCUCUUAGUUCUCAUCGUUGAGUCGUCGACAAAACAUUGAGGCUCGAAGAAUCUGCUCUGCUCUUCGCUCCCACAGUGCAUCCCAGCGUGCCCUUGGUCCAGCACUGCCAGUAUGACUUUUCGCAAAGCUCCCGCCCUCGCCGGCCCCGUCAUGGAGCUUCCCCGGCGCACUUCGCCGCGGUGGGAGGCAGACGCCGAAGAUGCCAUCCCGGAGAAGCUCAUCAAGCCAUGGAAGCUCCCUCAGCAAAACACCUACCUCUUUGUCAACGCAAACGUCGUGGAUACCGCCAAGGGCCUCGUCAUUAAGAACACGACCGUCAAGAUCUCAAACGGCUUGAUUGAGAGCGUUGGGGGGCGCUCAGCCAGCAGUACAGGCAACGAUGCCAUUGUGGUAGAUCUUCAAGGAAAAUACCUCUCCCCGGGUCUCAUCGACUGUCACGUCCACGUCAGCUCCGUACCCGGCGAGGCCGGGCUCAACGGCGGCUUCAGCAUGGACGCCACCGUCUCUCAUCUGCGGCAAUCCUUUGUAUGCGGUCGCAUCCUAAGCAAGGGCUUCACUACGGUCCGCGACACCGGCGGUGCAACUCUCGCGCUGAAGGAGGCAAUUCAGGACGGUGUCUUCCCCGGGCCCCGCCUGUUCAUCGCCAACCAGGCACUUUCGCAGACGGGAGGUCACGGCGAUCGCAGAGGUGCCCACGACCACUCGGGGCUGUGCUGCGGCGGCUCAUCGGGGCUCUCUAACGUCGUGGACGGCGUGCCGGAGUGUAUCAGGGCGACAAGAGAGCAGCUGAGGACGGGGGCGGACUUUAUCAAAAUCAUGGUCGGCGGCGGCGUCGCGUCGCCGACGGACAGGAUCGAGAACACGCAGUUUACGGCGGACGAGAUCAAGGCCAUCAGCGAGGUCGCGCGGAGCUAUGGUACCUGGGUUACGGCUCACGCUUAUACGCCGCGGGCGAUCCGCCACGCGGUCGAGAACGGCGUGACGGGUAUCGAGCACGGCAACUUCAUCGACAAAGAGACGGCAGAGUUCAUGGCUGGGAACGCCGUGUGGUUGACGCCUACGCUGGUCACGUACGACGCCAUGGGCUCCGACAAGUACAAGGGAUUCUUGCCCCCCGAGAACCAGCGCAAAAACCAGGAGGUCCUGGAAAGGGGCCUCGAGUCGUUGAAGAUUGCAGCCGCGGCCGGCGUCACCAUUUGUCAUGGAUCGGAUCUGCUCGGCCCCCUGCAGGCUGAGCAAAGCAGGGAGUUUGGUAUCCGCCAGCAGGCUCUCAGCAACAAGCAGGUGCUUCAAUCUGCCACGGUGAACGCCGCCAGGAUGCUUCGACAGGAGAAUGUACUGGGGCAGGUGAAGGAGAAAUUCGUGGCGGACUUGCUGAUUCUCAAUGGGAAUCCGCUGGACGACGUCUCGAUACUGGAUGAGCCGGAGAAGAACGUCUUGGCGGUGAUCAAGGAUGGCAGGGUCUACACGAGCCGAUGGAGCAAGCUUCCAGAAGAUGUGAAGGCGCCACAGAGAUUGAUUGAAUGAGCACAAGCAACAAGCUGCAUCAGGAACGUUUUCAUGAUCGAAAAGAGAAUUCAAUCCAAGAAGCGAAGAUCAUCGUCGCUUGUGUGAAAUCGUUGGUCAAAGUCAGGACAUGGUCGCAAGGCGAAUUUCCGGUCGCCACACACCGUGUGAAAAGGAAGAGAAGUCGAGAACAUUGAGGCUUGGUGAUCUAUAAUGUUCAUAUACUAAUCUAUGUCUGGAACAC